AUGGCUAGGGGCUAUGGCGGUAAAGAUAAAUGGCUAGACGGUACGGUGAUAGGUAGAGAGGGUUCACAAAGGUACAUUGUAGAUAGCGGUAACGGUCAAAGGUUUCACAGACAUAUUGAUCAAAUAAAGCGCAAAUCCCGUUAUUCGGUCGCGAUGAGCUCAGCAAGUGAUAAGGAGGUCGUCGCGCAGCCAGAUGAGAAAGAGAGCUUAGAAUUAAAUACUGAAAGUGCAGGAAGUCGAAUUUGUAGGGAGGAGGAUAAGAGUAUGACUGAUAAACGGGCAGAGGAUCCUUUACUUAUUGAUUCUUGUCCCUCAAGUAGUUGCUCGCCUCCGUCACCGCUGGACCGUCCCAAGCGCCAAAGAAAACUGGUUGUGAGAUAUGGAAUAGAUACC